CUCGUUAAAUUUCUCUCUGUCUCGGUUGACAAAUUCGACUUACAUGAUACAUCACAAAAUAAAAGUUGAAGAGCUGGAAAUGACAAUGGUGAGUUUGAAUUGUUCGAAUCCAGACGAAGCAAAUCCUGAUCAAAUUCUGGCUUUCGAUGGUACUUUUUUCACAUGAUUCUCUCAAAAAGUACUCUCUUUAAGUAAUAGUUUUCUUCCAUGCACAAAAAAGUCUGUAGAUCGAAAGCGGUCAGAGUAACCAACAAUUUAUAAGUUCUCUGCACUUGUUUCACUCCUGCGCGUUGAUUUCUGUAUCUGGAAUUCCAAUCCCCACCUGGUAUUUUCUUGAUUCCGAGCUGUGGGAUUGAUUGACCGACAUUGUCUCUGAUGUUGUGAUUAAUCGAUCGUUUCUUCUAAGUUGCCUGUGUUUGAUUCCUUAUACAGAUUACGAAAUUCACGAUCCCAUCGAUUUGUUUCUCUGAAUUUACAUGUGGGUAUGCCUGAAUUCCUAAAUCUUUCGCUCAAUAAGCUGGGCUGGUGCUAUCAUGAACAUUAAUCCAUUUGGGUCAAAUAGUCAAAAGUCCUUCAAUGCAUACCCAAGAGACUUUGAUUUAGAAUCUGGAAGCUUUAGAAGACCCAGAAGACCCAAAGGUUCAACAUUUCACCCCUUCAGAAUGCUCAAAUCUCUUGGUAAUCGUCUUCACUAUUAUUGCAAGUUGCAUCCUUGUCUUGUGUUCUUCCUUUGCUUGUCAUUUGUAGUCACGAUUAUCAUAAUUCUGCCAUUCCAUUAUCGACCCAUGAAUAAUUAUCAAAACUUUGAUAUGGGGUCGGAGAAUAAUCCAUUUGCGAAGCUUAAGAACCUUGUAAUGGUUGCUGGCCAUUCGGUGUAUACUAGCAGUAGUUGUGAGAAAGUUGAUAAGGAGGAUUCCUGGUUUUUGGAGUCCUAUCAGAAUCAUCCAGGUCAGGCCGCUACUUUUGUGACUCAUAUAGAGGAAGGGAUUGAGUCUGCAUCGAAAGAUGAUGGGGCAUUGCUUCUGUUUAGUGGUGGUGAGACUCGAAAAGAUGCCGGGCCACGUAGUGAGGCACAGAGUUAUUGGACUGUUGCUGAAUCUAGAGGAUGGUUCGGCAAGGAAGAAAGCGUGAGAUGGAGAGCAUUGACAGAAGAGCAUGCCAGAGAUAGCUUUGAGAAUCUUCUCUUUAGCGUGUGUCGGUUCCGAGAGGUCACUGGCGCAUAUCCUCAAAAUAUAACUGUUGUAAGCUACGAUUUCAAAGAAGAGAGAUUCGCACAUCUGCAUCGCCUUGCAAUCAGAUUCCCAGAGUCAAGGUUCUUCUACUCUGGUACCCCUGCCUCAUCAACUUCCAAGAAAGCAGCUUUGCAAGGUGAGGCAUUGGUUAGAGCCCAAUUCCAAGAAGAUCCUUAUGGGUGUAAAGGUUCACUAAAGCGGAAAAAAGUACGACGUGAUCCUUUUCAUCGCACAAUCCCUUACCCUAAUGGCUGUCCUGAAAUUCAAGGUUUGUUCAGAUAUUGUGGGUCAGUUACUUAUCCAGGGUCCCUACCUUGGACUGAGUAGAAAUAUACAUAGCUGUUUUUCUUAAUCCAUGACAAGCCACCUAAAAGUAACAGAAACAGAUGUUUCAUACUUUCAUUAGAUGAAUAGGAAUUCUCAUUUCUGACUUUGAUGAGGUUGUUGUCAGAUAAUAGGAUAUUAGUUUUGCUUGGUUUAUCGACAUGUUUGUUGGAAGAGCUCUAUAUCUGGUCAUUUCAAUAUGAUAGAUGAGAACCUGAAUUGCCCGUGGCUUGA